AUGCUCGUCUCUGCCCUCGCGCCUCUUCUGACCGCAGGCUUCGCGGCAGCGUUCGUCCUGCCCGAGUCGCUCCGUCUCAACAAAAUCGAUAUCGACUCGUUUUAUCCAGAGUCGUUGAAGGAUGUUGCGAGUGCUGUUGAGAAUGUUGAGCAUAUCGUUGAUGCGUUGACUCAUCCGUUCACUCCCGACCCCGAGGACAAGACGGUGUACGAGCUCAUUGCUGCGAACCCAGAGUUCUCUAAACUCCUCAAGGUCAUCGACUUUGCCGGCGAGCCGAUUGUUGACUUGUUGAACAGCACUGACGCAAACUUCACUGUCUUCGCGGUUCCCAAUUCAGGUCUCCGUCACCCAGGUCAUGAUGAGGAUCUCGCUGCAGGUCUAAUGUCCGGUGACGCCGAAUACGACCUCGUCGACAUCUCCAAUGCCGUCGAAGGCCUUGAGGCACAGGACGACGACGACGACGACCACAAGAAAGAGAGGCGAGAAUUCUUCAAGAAACUCGCACAGGCCGUUUUGCUCUACCACGUCGUCCCCGAGCGCGCUUUCACCUCGAGCGAACUCGCGGUCAAUACCACCUUUGCGACCAAGUUGAGCUUGCCGGACGAUUCGUUCAAGGGGGAGCCGCUUCGUGUUCGUGUCGCGGCGACGCCUCCGUUUAAGACGCUUGUUGUGAACUUCUAUGCGAAGGUAAUCAAGUCGAAUGUUUAUGCUAGCAAUGGAAUUGUGCAUGUCAUCAAUCACCCGUUGUUCCCACCUCCUUCCAUCUUCCAAGAGUUAUUCCAACUUCCCUCCACGUUCUCUAUCGCCUCUACUGCCCUCCAACGCACCAACCUCCAUAACUUUGUGGAAUGGCGUUACGAGCCCUCGGAAGACAAGGAUGGUGAAGGCUCCGUCAAAGGCAACCCCGCCGUCACUUUUUUCGCCCCAGACCACUCGGCGUUCAAGAGGUUGCCGACAAAGCUCGCCCUUUUCUUGUUCUCGCCGUUCGGAGAGCACGUGUUGAAGAAGGUUCUGGCAUACCACAUCGUGCCAAACUACGUUUUGCAUACCGAUUAUGCGUUCAACGUCACGACUGGCGAGGAAGUCAUCUUCGGUCCUCCCAAAGACUCGGAAGACACUUCCACUAACUGGCUCCAAUCCCUCUACCCCGCAUCCGAGUCUUCCUCUUCCUCUUCUUCGCACCCCCCUCACCCCCCUCCCCACGCACCCCCCACCUACUACUCCUUCAACAUCCACCCCGGCACCCUCCUCGGCUCCAACCACACCCUCGACAUCUCCGUGACUAAACGCGUGCUCAAGUCUCCACUCCCAGGCCACGGACACCCAGACACGUAUUUGACGCACUUCGAGGUGGAUGGGGAGAGGGUCGUGGUGAGCGAUGGGCCGGCGCGGAAUGGUGCCGUUCAUGCGAUUGGGAAGGUUUUGGACCCGAGGGGGAGGAAGCAUGGGCGUCACUGUGGGCACGAGGCUGUGUAUGAGCAGGAGGAGUAUAAUUGGGAGGAUUGGGAGGAGUGGUUGCCGGCGUGGGCUGCUGGGGUGGAGUUUUGA